AUGUCUGCUCUCGUACGGCCGUUGAAAUGGUUCUAUCAUGAAUUCGGCCUCAGGUCGAUCCACGAAACCGGCCGGGAUGCAUAUCUGAUUGUGUUGACGCGGACGUUGCGGAUGUUCGCAUAUGGCACCAAUUCACUGAUCAUGGCCAUAUUCUUCUCAGCGCUCGGAUACUCGGAUCAUCGGAUCGGUGCAUUCAUGACCUUGACGCUGCUGGGCGAUGUAUUCCUGGGCACCUUCCUCACGCUGAUUGCUGACCGAGUCGGGCGCCGAAAAGUCCUAAUGGGUGGAUCAUUCUUGAUGGUGUUCAGUGGCAUCAUCUUCGCCCUGUUUGAGAAUUUCUGGAUCCUGCUUCUCGCGGCAGUGGUGGGUGUCAUCAGCGUGACGGGAUCGGAUUUUGGGCCUUUUCGAAGCGUGGAGGAGUCUGUCCUGUCGCAGCUCACCACGCCUUCCACCAGAGCUGAUGUCCUGUCAUGGUACGUCACGACGUCAACGCUGGGUUCGAGCAUUGGAAGCGAGGCCUCGGGUAGGAUCGUUCAUUCGCUCCAGUCCCGCGAUGGCUGGACAGCCGUUGAUGCAUAUCAUGCUCUGUUUUGGGUCUAUACGGCCAUGGGACUCGUCAAUGCCCUCCUGGUCCUCGCCCUGACUGACGCUUGUGAGCUGCAAACCACGGCGGAAACUUACUCACAGGUGCCACAGGACGAGCAUGAUCAUUCCAAUGUGGACCUCGGGGAGCAUGACCACGAGCAACAGCCGGAUGUCGACGGCCUCACAACCGCGCCUUCGUCCCCGGGCACCUGGAUCUCAAAGAUCGGACUCUGGUUCAGCACGCGGUUCGCCGAGAUAUCUGCACCCACUCGCUCAAUCAUGUACAAGCUGUGGUUUCUGCUAUCUGUGGACUCGCUGGCGGAUGGGAUGGUUCCCUACACCUGGACCACCUACUACAUGGAUACCAAAUUCACACCUGCCAAAUCGACCCUCGGCGACAUCUUGUCGGCCAGCUACCUUCUUGGCGCGGUCGGGGCCGUCUUUGCAGGACCACUGGCCCGCAAGAUCGGACUGAUCAACACCAUGGUGUUCACGCACGUGCCGUCGUCUUCGGCAGUUCUGGUCUUCCCGUUCGCGCCUCGACUCUGGAUGACGGCCGGACUGCUACUGUUACGCGCGGGCUUGAACAAUAUGGACCAAGCGCCCCGAGCGGCAUUCAUUGCGGCUGUGGUCAAGCCGGACGAGCGAACAGCUGUCAUGGGCAUCACAAGCAUGUUGAGGACCCUGGCUGCCAUGGCGGGGCCUUCCGUGACCGGCGUUCUUGCUGCGAAUGAACGGUUCUGGAUCGCUUUCGUGGUCGCGGGCAUCUGCCGUUUGGCGUAUGACUUUGGUCUGUACGCCUUGUUUGUCAACAUGAAGCUGCAUCAGCAUGAAGACACAUCCAAGGUGGAUGAGUUGCCUAGUGGACACGGCCACAAUCACCGGCAACGACAGCGUGACGAGGAGGAAGAGCUCGAACUGCAUAGUCUGGCUGACUCGGACAGCUUGAACUCCGGCUCCGGCUCCAGCACUCUGGAAGGAGAUCCCAAGAGUCAUGGAGCCGGUGCUGGUGCUGUUGGGAAGGACUCCUUUGCGAACACUGCUCUAGAGGUCACCUCUCAAAGUGAGAGGCUUCGGAGUCGCAGUCCUGAUCGGUGGAGCGCUGCAGAAUGA